CAUUGUGUGGACGAGAUGAGUGUCUCUGCGGACUCUGGAAUGGCUUUACCACUUCAAGCCUUGAUGAACAACACGAUGGGCUACGACGGCGUCAAACAUCCUUACUACCCAUCGGAUGCCAACAUCGCCAACUAUGUGGCCAAUGAGUCCACUGUCCUCUCGCUAUUGGGCUCCUUUGUUGCUGGCUGUGCUGCAAUCUUCGGUGCAACAUAUUUGGCCGUCAAGAAGGUCAACCCGAGGCUGCCGACCAUCGAAUUGCUCACAGUCAUGUGGUUUGUCUUAUGUGGAUGCAUACACUUGUUCUUCGAAGGUUAUUUCGCGUAUAACCACACGAGCAUGGGUGGAUUGCAGACAUUCUUUGGUCAGCUCUGGAAAGAAUAUGCUUUGUCUGAUUCCAGAUACUUGACACAGAAUGUCUUUGUGUUUUGUGUCGAGGCCAUGACUGCAGUAANNGUGCUCUGGGGUCCACUGAGCUUCGUGGUUGCUGUGCUGAUUGCGACCGAGCAUCCACUGAGGCAUCCCCUGCAAGCGGCAGUGAGUCUCGGGCAGUGCUAUGGCGACCUUCUCUAUUACGCUACCAGCAUGGCCGAUCAUUACUACCUGGGCAUUGAAUACUCGAGACCGGAGGCUUACUAUUUCUGGGGAUACUAUUUUGGAGCGAACUUCUUCUGGAUCGUGAUUCCUGCAGUGUUGUUGUACAACAGCGUAAAGGCCAGUGCCGACGCAAUUCGACAAGUUCAGGAGACCAGGGGCUCGAAGAAGACCAUGACCAUCCCGAAUACGACAAUCUCUUCUCGGCGCGAGCAGUCACACAUGAGGAAAAGCGGCCGUGACACCGGCAAGCAAACCGGCCUGUACGACACCGAUAAGAUUCACCAGAGGGUGCAAAGAUGGCAGGCUGACAGUGCUGAAGCCGCCAUUACAAAAGAGGAUGAGAACGUGGUAGUUGUCGAAUACGAGGACGAUGCAGACGAUACGAAACGAGCCAAANAACCAAGCAAGAGCUCCCCAGACAAGUUUCUACCUGAUGCAGGCAGGGGCAGCCGGCAGUCGUCUCCAACCAAAUCGCCAAAGACUCCUCGAGAACUUGAUGCAGACCGACAAGCAUGGAUUCGUAAGAAAAGCACUUCCCGGAACGACUUGAACUCCGACGUCAAACAUGCAGGGGCUCCCUUGAAGCGUGUAGUCAGUGAUGCUCACUGGCGCAAAGACCGUUCGCCUACUCAGACGCCUGAGAAUGUGUCCAAGCUGGGUCCAAAACCAUACACGAUCAAGAGAACUACUAUACACAGAAACGAAGACUUGCCAAAGCCAAAGAAGGAUGACGAUGGCAUCAGGGUCAGGCCGAUGACAGAAGACGACGGCAUUCGAGUAAGGCCAAUGGAGGAAGAUUCUCCAGGGGAGCACAAGCAUCGUACGCCCAAGAAUGAUAGUGAUCGACCGGGCAGCUCUGGCUCGUCAAAGCAGCGGACUUCAGUACAUCGACACGGCUCGGCUACGGCAGAGGAGCCCACAAGAGAUAAGAACAGGAGGAGCGCUCGCGAAGUAAGCCGCGACAAUUUAGAUCGUAGACGUAGAUUACGUCGCCGUCUCGGUUCACCCGCAGCUUCUGAGGCAGGUACAGAGGCCAGAUCGAUCGCACAGACCCUUGACCCAGACGACAGUAUCAGUGCUAGAAAUGCUCACACUCGGAAGUCAAGAGGAGCUCCACCGACUGCACAGGAAAGGAAGAAAGACAUGACGGCUGGCAAUUCUAGAGCAACGGGGACUGACGAGAUGUCCCCUUCGAAUGUACCACCUACCGCAGCCCCAGCCUAUGGAAGUCGAAUCGAAGCAUGGCUUGGGNGGACUCCCGAUCCUUUCGUUGCUGACCAAGCUCUACAACAGAAAGACGGGCACGAAGAAGCUCCAGCAUCUAAAGGUCGAUCUAGGCAACUGAAAAGGGUGGAUGGACUAGGAAUACAAACUGACUCUGCCGUGGACGCUCUCAAUGACCAUGGAAAGCACACUGGCCACGUUCCACCACGAUCUUCUCCUGGUGAACCAAAUUCGCAAUCGAGAGAGGUGCUCGGUACCAUUCCCGAGUCUACACCUCCAAGCUUUGAAGACGGAAACUCUUCGUACGCUACGUCGUCUGUACCAUCUAACAUCCAGCUUCCCGACAUUCAGACCAGCAAACAUGCGCCAGGAGCAAAUCUUCGAAGGCGAUUCCCCACGACAGGAAAAAGACUGUCAACCAUCGCUUCGGCAGAAACUCUUCAAGAGCCUGCGGCCCAAUCUGAAUUUUCUGAACAAGAAACUAUCGUGCCCGAUCGUACAGAAUCUCUGAGAAGCGCGAAUGGGCUCAGGCGGAAAUUGACCCGUCACGAGGAUCUGAUGUCUGUGCUAUCACUACCUAUGGUCGAUGCCAAGAGCAUUGUCUCAGCACGUAGUAUACGGACUAAUCGAACGAGGCUUGAAAAAGCGACCCUCCAGGAUCUCUGGAACGAGUUUACCGCGGACGAAGUCAAAUAUCAGCGAGAACUCCGCACCUUGGUGGACGGGGUUAUACCAGUGCUACUUUCGUGUGUACUUUCCAAGUCAGACUCAGCAAUCGCUGCUGGUCUGUUCGGACGCUCUACCGCAGAUGAUGCGGCUAUCACCAAACCUAUCGUCGAGAUGGGCGUUGCUCUAGAGCGCCUGAAGGCACACCAUCGUCGAGUUCCUAAGAGUGACGAUAAAGCGCUACUAUCAUGGGCUCAAGGAGCUAUCCGAAUCUACCAUGAUUACCUAAAGGCCUGGAGGAUGGGAUUUCAGGAUGUCGUGGUCAAUCUUGCACCUGCAGAUGCUGAUACCAGCACUAGAUGGGAUGAUGAGUUGCUGAGAAAUGAGGAUGGCGACUUGAUCAAUGGUGACGGCGAGAGGGUUGAUGUCGCUUUUUUGCUAAAAAGACCAUUGGUGCGCCUCAAGUAUCUCGCCAAAACUUUCAAGGUACGUACAAGUAUCAGGCUAGAUCUUUUGGAUAUUCGGGACUGCAGUGCUGACAAAGUAGNNGGUAUUCAUUUCUUAGCACCGUCAGCUUCGGCGAGUUCUUUGGCCGAGAAGUAUCAGGAAUUAGUCACUGAAGCCCGCAAAAGAUCCAACGAAGAACGAGCUCGCUUGGAGGACGAAGCGGCUGCCGCUAUCGAUCCAACCCGGGUCAGAGAUCCUCGAAGCCUCGCUUUGCUGAAAGGAGUCAGCAUCGAUGCCACACGGUGUGUUCAUGCCAGGGACUACUUCGACAUGAACGUCAUUCACUCCAGUGGCCAACAGUUGGAUUGUAGGAUUGAGCUCGUAAUUCGUGACGACGGUCCUAGUCGAGGAAACGGUGGCGAUGUUCUCAUCUGCGAAAUAUCCGAUACAGGUCGCUGGCUACUAUUUCCACCUCUCAGCAGGGACUCUGUUUCCGCAAGAGCUGGCAGCAAUCCAGGAGAUGUAGUCAUGAUGAUACGAGGUCGGUAUGCUAACAAAAGGNAGUGGCACGAGCUCCUGUCAUUGCGUGCCAGCGACGAAUCUACUGGGCCUGAAUGGGUGGAGAUGCUCGGACUCAGUCCUGUUCCUCCAUCUUUGGCAAGGCAAUCUAGCUUCCUCACCAAGCCUCAGACUCCAUCCCGCCCUCGUUCUCAAGAGGCUACAUCACCUGCUGUCAGCCCCACUUACCGAGGAGCUCAAAGGACUAAAGAGAUCGAGAUUCCAAUUGGAGAGAGGCCUAGCUCGUCUAGGAGCUGGGUUUCGGACCGCAGCGGGCAAGAAAAGCUCGUAGCCGCUCCUGAAAAUGGAACAUCAUCUAGCCUUCUCGUACCGGAUAGCAUAUCACCGCGGAAACCUAUCUCAUCAUCGCCAAAAGCUGUUCAGAAUGACUUUGUGCUACCUGAUUUGGCAUUACAGGAGAACAUGUAUCCUCCCGCUAACGUGUCGCGGACAGAGAUGUCUUCAGGAGAUUCACCAGGUCUACGAAGAUCAACGGCAACGCGUCACAGAUCAUCGCCAUCUAUGUCGCCUAGCUCAUCUCGGUCCUCGUUACAGUUCCCUCUUGACAAGGAAUCGAGAGCAUAUCCAGAACACCCUACCCAUCACAUGUCAAGGUCGGAAACUGGAACCACCUUGAGCUCAUACUCAAGCCUAUCCACUCUGUCUCAACCAAGAAAGGAGUACAGUGUUUGGAUGCCUCCGUCCACAAUUCCAUCCGACGAAUCCGAAGAAGAGGAGGCAGAUGACAACUACACAGAUACACCAACCACGACGCGCUCGCAGUCUCACCGUAGAGUAUCAUUAGUACCAGUGAUUGAGCCUCCUCGAGCUCCGAAGCUGCGGCAAAGAAGCGAGCCAAACUCACCCGUCCGGCCUCCGGAGCUUUUCAACCGUUCAGAUCGCACACGACUUGAGGAGUUAGUAGAACCUUCAUCGGCACCUCUCAAAUUACAAAAACGCCGGCCAAGUGUGAAGGGUGUCAGCUUUGAUGACAUACUCGGGGAUGUCUCUAGCAAAGACAAGGACUUGCCACCCUCAAAGCCGAAACGCUUCAGUAUCCCGUCUUUCACACCGAAUUUUCUGAAGAGACAUCGCAGGUCUUCAUCUCCUCUCAAGCACGAGUAUGAACCAUCAAUCACAAGUGAGUCCUCUACAGAGAGUGACUUGUCUUACUCUGAGGAUGACGACGAAUCAAUCACGUCUGAUUCGUCCGAAGAAGCUGUGGAGNGAAGCAAAAACGUACUACCGCUCGAGUUGCCUUUCGUUGAUGGGACUGGAAAAGCCACUCCACCAGCAUCACUUGCUUCUCUGCCUACCACCACACUCGGCCCAUCGAAUUCUGCCUCCCAAGCUCCAUAUCGAACAGUUCCUCUCCAAGCGACAAAUGCUUCCAAGACUAUCUCAUCGAUCUAUUCAUGGUCAGAUCGAGGCGCAUGGGAAAUGUUGCACCCAGGUGAGUGCGUUGUUAUUGUCACACCUGGACUGAUUGAAGCUUUCGACUUGGACGAAGCGAUCCCAGACGGAAGUGAUGUGACUAGUCCUUCUGCUAGGGGCAUACAGCCUUUGAUAGCGUUCGAAGUCACCCCGCUUGUUCCUUUGCGUCGGGGCACAGCACUUGAUAUCUCCAUCAGAUCACCUCCCACGGCUAAUUCCUUGAUUCGUGCCAGCAACAACGUCAUGUUCCGCUCUCGAAGUGCGGAUGAGUGCGACAUGCUGUACUCGUUCAUCAACACUGCUCGAAUCAACAAUCCUACAUAUAUCGCCCUACAGAACGCUAGAGGUCCAGUCACUGAAAGUACAUGGUCUGCAGCCAUGAAUCGAGACAACAACCAGAGGUCUGCGAACGGCUCGUGGUUCCAUAAUCCGCUUCGCAGGAGCAACACAUACCGAUCGAAGACCUCUCGGGCACCCUCUGAAGUGACUGACUCUUCUGUCGGUACAAUGAAUACCGCCUUUUCUGCUCUACGCCGAUUCAAUGGUAAUAGUCGUCUCUUCAACAUUGCUAAGAGUACGAUUACAUCCCGUCAAGGCAGUCGAAAUGGUACAAGCGAGUCGCUUUCUUCUGGAGCAUCAACUCCAGUCGUUUAUGAUCCGUCACAAGGAACGCCACUUGGUAUCACAAAUGCUAAGAUUCGAUUAUACAUACUCCCAAAACAAAUGGAGAGACAUGGGCUCGGCGCGAUUGUCAAUAUUGCUUCCUCCACGGCCAUCUCCCGGAGUCCCAGCAAGCCCCCGGACAGUUGGUCUGGAGAAACGUAUCUUAGUCAGUGGCAAGACUAG